UCUUCCAGUUGGUUUUACUUAUAUGAUUUGUCAAAGUAGCCGUUGCAGUACCCCUCUCUCUCUCUCUACACCCCCUCUCUCUCUCUCUAAAAAUUAAUUAUGAACACCUGUUUUCCAUAGAUUCCACUCUAGAUUUAUUUGUUUUUGGUAGGUACCCUCCGCUCCAUGGUAGUAGUUAAUUUCUUUAGUAUAAAACAAUCCCCAAAACCUCAACUUUCUCCUGUAUAUUUCAAUUCCUCUUCUCCACAAUUUCACCCGUCUCUCUCUCUCCUGUCAAAAAAAAAAGAAGCAAUAACCCUUCUUUUUCUUUUCAAUAACAGAAUUGAAGAAGACAUGGUGAAUCCAAUAUUGAAUCCUCUUAUUUCAGACAAGAAACUAUCAACAACCCCAUUGUUAUCUGCCGCAACAACAAGCAGCAGCAGCGCCAGCAGCGAAGCCGACGACAGCCCUGUGACAUCUGAUCGUUUCGAGCCACACCUCCUCGCCAAACAUCAAAUUUCAAGCGUACCCUGUUCGGGUUUCUACUCGUAUAAAUCGCUGGCUGUGCUGUCGGGCCAUAUCGGAUCGGUUUCGUGCCUGGCCUUGUGCGGCGAGUUCAUCCUGAGCGCCUCGCAGGGCAAGGACAUCAUAGUGUGGCAGCAGCCUGACCUCCGGCAGUUCACGAAGUUCGGACAAGGCGACGGCUCGGUGAAGGCGCUCGUCACCGUGGGCAACAAGGUCUUCACAGCGCAUCAAGACAGCAGAAUUAGAGUGUGGAAGGUGUCGAGGAGGUCCGAAAAUGUGUUCAGACUCGUCGACACUCUUCCCACUACUAAGGACUAUUUGGGGAAAUUCAUGAAGCAAAGCAAUUAUGUACAGACUAGAAGACACCACAGGCGUUUGUGGAUUGAGCACGCCGAUAGCAUCUCGUGCUUGGCGGUCUACAACGGGUUGAUCUACUCCGGGUCCUGGGACAAGACUCUAAAAGUGUGGAGGGUUUCGGAUUUGAAGUGUUUGGAAUCAAUCAAGGCUCAUGAUGAUGCCAUCAAUGGGCUGGUGGCAAGCAAGGGGGUGGUGUAUUCGGCGUCGGCGGACGGGAAGAUCAAGGCGUGGGGGAAGGAGGGGAAGGGCUCACAUUGCUUGAAGGGAAUCUUGGAGGGGCACAAGGACAUUUCGUUGAAUUCAGUGAUCGUUUCGGAGGACGGGAGGGUGGUUUACGGAGGGGGGUCGGAUGGGUAUUUGAUGGGGUGGUUGGGGAAUGAGGGAUUUGAUAGUUGGAAGAUGGUUUGUGAGGUGAGGGCUCAUGAAAUGGCGGUUUUGUGUGUGUGUUUGAUGGGGGAGUUUUUGUGCAGUGGCUCAGCUGAUAAGAGUAUUGGGAUAUGGAAGAGAGAGGUUAAUGGUGGACUGUUUAGGGUUGGGGUCAUUAGGGGUCAUGAAGGGCCUGUCAAGUGCUUGCAGGCUUCACCUAGUAGUGUUGGAGGCGGAUGUUUGCUUUACAGUGGAAGUCUUGAUAAGAGCCUCAGAGUUUGGUGGGUUCCAAAGCACUCUUGUAAGGCUGAGGAAGAGAAAAAUCCAAUCAUCUUGUGCUAGGAGGUACAAUUUUUUUUUUUUUUUUUGAAAGGGUUGGGAAUGAUAGAGCACUGGUCCUUUUUUGUGUGUCUGCAGUGCAAGUUUGAUAGUCGUGUCUAUAGUCAAUCUCAAGAAUAUUGAAAAGAGUAUACUUUGGUUUAGAGUUUUGUGGUCAAGGUGGAGAGGGCCUUAUCCAUUUUGAAGUUGGUUUUUUUUUUUUUUUUUUUUUUUUUUUUUUUUUUUUUUUUUGAGUUACUAUUGUGAAUUGGUAUAGGGGUUUAAUAUAUUUUUAAAGGAUUUGGGUGCAAGGACAUGAUACAAUGUGUGGUCUUUCUUUUUUCUUUUUCUUUUUUCCCUCUUAAUUUAUGUAUUGGUAUAGAUUUAUAUCCUUUGUGAACUGUGAUUUAGGGCAUUGAGUGAUUCAAUUCAAUGCAAUAUACAAUUUUUUUUUUU